GAAGCGAUGACGCGCGUCCCCCGCGACUCCUGUCCACUGGGUGCUCCACGUGGCUCCGGCGCUGUGAUCGCGAUGGAGGGGCCGGUGGAGGCAAAGGCGCCGCCGCCGCCGCCGCAGAAGCGCUACUACCGGCAGAGAGCGCAUUCCAACCCGCUGGCGGAUCACACGCUGCGCUAUCCUGCCAAGCCUGAAGAAAUGGACUGGUCAGAGAUCUACCCGGAGUUUUUUGCUCCUUUAACUGCGGACAAUCAACAUGAUGACCUGAAGGAUGCAGAAGAGAGAACUAAGCCUUCGUCUCAAGUAGAGUUUGCUGAUAUCGGCUGCGGUUAUGGGGGCUUGCUUGUUGCACUGUCUCCCCUGUUUCCCAAGACUUUAAUGCUGGGUCUGGAAAUCCGAGUGAAGGUCUCUGACUACGUGCGGGACAGGAUCCAGUCUCUGAGAGCAUCUCACCCCGGGCAGUUCCAGAACAUCGGCUGCAUCCGUAGCAAUGCCAUGAAACACCUGCCCAACUUUUUCCGCAAGGGGCAGCUGUGCAAAAUGUUUUUCCUCUUCCCCGAUCCUCAUUUCAAGAAGACGAAGCACAAAUGGCGGAUUAUCAGCACCACUUUGCUGGCAGAAUACGCCUAUGUUCUGCGCGAGGAGGGGCUCGUCUACACCAUCACGGAUGUGGAAGAGGUGCACAGGUGGAUGGUGAAGCAUUUCAAGGAACACCCGCUUUUUGAGCAGGUGUCCUUGAAAGAACUGGCCAGUGAUCCUAUCGUCGGCCUCCUGGACACCUCAACUGAGGAAGGGAAGAAGGUCCAGAGGAACGGAGGCAAGACCUUCCCAGCUGUCUUCCGGCGCAUCAGAGACACCACAGAGGAACAGGAAGCACCAGGAUCAUGACCGGGGAAUUUCCGGGGCCUGAGAAAAUUCACGUCGUCCCAACUCGUGUGUCGAAAGGGAGGUGUUGGGGGCAGGGAUUACAUCAAGAGUGGGACGGACUCGACGCCUCUGGUCACGCUGGGGUCAGCCUUCUAUUAACACAGCUGGGGAUUCCCCUUCUGGGGUAACUCGGCUGAACGGUUGAGUAAGGGAUUGCCUGCUUUGUUUGCUUCUUCUUUUGCCCGUAGAAGGACAGGGGUGCCUUGUCCCAGCUAUACCGGGGUAAGCACCAGCCCCCCACGUAGCAGGAUGAGUGAUCUGGGAGGUGCUUCCCACUCUAUUGAACCAUCAGUCACUUUCAUUUUGUGAAUGAAUAAUAAACAGGAAAAAAGAACUAUCAGGCACUGUGAGUUGUCAGGUCCAGCCUAGCUGCUGAGCUUAGCCCGCAGUUGUGCUUUGGAGCUGCAGUCUUCCAUCUUCUUCCCCAGAUCAGUGCCAGGUGUGAACCCCUGGCUCUUAGGGGUGUAUGUGUUAGAGAGAGAGAGAGAGAACCUGUGCCUUUCUUCAAGCAGACCAUAGAUGUAGCUGGACUGCAUCUCCCCAUCCCCAUGCUAUGUAGACAUGCACCUAACCCCCAGUGCAGAGAGCCUCAGAUGGGGGAGAUUCUGAAAUUUGUCAAUCACCUCUCUUUGAGUACUUUGGUCUUCUUGCAAUAAUCAUGCCCUCACUAGUAGCCUAGAUUGUAGGGAAAUGACUGCAGUUGUUACCCAUGUGCAGUAGGAUAGCUUCUGCACACUCGACUUCUGUAUCUUCCACCCAGGUGAGCAAGAAUCAUGACCAGAGUUCACUUUCCGGCCAGGCUAAGACACUCGUUGUGGAGCAAGGACUGGGGGGGGGGGGGCUGGGAGAGUCCCACGAGCCAGACAGAGAGGUCCAGAGAGCUGCAUUUGGCCACUGGGCCAAGUGGUUCCCCACGUCUGCUUUUAGCUUAUAAGGAGCAUGUCAUUGCAAAGAUGCUCCAUAAAUAUGCACUUCGAUAUGCCUCUGCCAUGCAUUACAGUGGAACCUUGGGUUGCGAACGUGAUCCAUGCAGGAGGCACGUUUGCAACCUGCAGUGCCGCAUCUGCGCAUGCGCGUGAUGCAAUUUGAUGCUUAUGCGCAAAGCGCGUUUUAGUGCUUCUGCGCAUGUGCGAGCGCCGAAACCCGGAAGCAACCCCGUGCCGGUACUUCCGGGUUCGGUGCGGUCCAUAACCUGGAAAUGCGCAACCCGCAGUGUUCACAACCCGAGGUGUGACUGUAAUAAUUUGCCCAAAGAGAAGUGUGACCUAUAAAUUAGGCAAUAUUUUCCAUUGUUGAUUCAACCGCUACAAGUGAGGGGGCAGGAUUCCCACCACUGGAAAUCGAAAGCAGCGCCCAUGGAUUUAGCAGGUUUGUUAAAGAACCAAAACCAUUUCAAGCCAGCAUCCAUAAGGGCUGGGAACUUAUGUUUGAGAGCAUCAAAACCCAGGAUGCUCAAGCUACCGUGGAUUGGGACAAUAUACAGGGGUGAAUCUUUUCCUGAGGUUCCUUUCUCUCGGUAAAUACAUCGUUUCCUAAGGUGCAUAAAAAGAUCGCUAGGUCUGGAACCUUUGCCACGGUGCGAUAAUGAGUCAUCGCCAAAGGUAACGCAAGGUGGAUGGGCUGUGCACAUUCACAGAGCACUCCCCAAACUUCAGAGUUGCAUGAGCUAAGCCUGAGUCAUCCUUUUUUUUCUCACUCGCCUCGUAAGCGGAGCCGGAACAGCCUGUUGUUUCUGCCCCAAGGGUGGUCUGCCUACUUGACGGUAGGAGGGCUGCGGGUUGGGGAGGGAGGUGAACCUCCUUUCCUCGUUGCCAAGUACCUGGUGUGGCAAGCCGGGUAAUUCCACAAGGGAACUUGGAACAGGACACAUCCAGACUGGGAUUUGAAGUCGCCUCCCUCCCCCCACCCAAUGCUCCAGACACGGGAGUGUGUAUCAUGCUGAUAAGAGGAACCAAGAUGAUGUCACCUGACUUGGGUUUUUAAGGAAAAACCCUUCCCAGUCCCACAGCUGGAUUUGAUUGGAUGUUUGGGCUCUAGUCCACUGUUUAAAGCAGACACUGUCCUGCAGGGUUAUUUGGCACAGCAAGCUGAAGCCAGCAUCCCAAGGAUCGUCCAGCGGGGUGACGUCUGUUUGGUCCCAUCGUUUUUUGUCUCCCGACAGAUGUCUCCUGUCGGCAGAGUGGGGGGCUCCUGAGGGUAGUCAAGGCAGCCUUCCCCAUUCACAGAGGCUGGCUGUGUCAUCCAAACACACUGGCUCAGAUGAGCUUCAUUAGGGGAAGGAGGGAUUCUUGGGGAAUUUGAAUUUCUGUGGAAUCUGAUGCUAGCAGAUUUUUCAGAAUGUCGUCGUCCUACACAUGUAUCCUUUCUCCAGAUUUUGCAGUACCCUUUCUUAGCUUACCUUGCCCCCCCCAAAAAAGUACCAAAAUGCAUGAAAUAAAUUGUGCUGUUUAGACAUGCAGAUUUUUGAGAUGAGAAUGCAUAAUUAAAAUAUGUAUUUAAAUUUCAAAA